AUGGUGUUAAGAUAAAAUUAAUAAAAAUAAUAUAAGAUUUUUGCUAAUUUGUUCUUUUUAUUAUAUUAAUUUUCUUUUCUAUAUAAUUAAUAUAUUUACUAAAAAAUACUUUUUAAAAAAAUAAAUGAUAAAAAAAAAAUCAAUUUAUUCUAAGGUAGAAAAACUUCUCAGUUCUACACUUUUGUCUCACACUAAACUUGUUUUGAUGUUUUUCCAAUAAGUUAGAACCUCAGAUUUAUACAAUGCUUUAGCAUAAUGUAUUAAUCUCUAAACUUUAUAAAUCUCCUUUAGUCAAAACUAAUUUUGUACAGAAAACUCAAAAAAUUUAGCUUAGGCUUUACAAAAUUGUCCUAAUUUAUAAUAAUUUACAAUAUUUUUAAAUUCGAAUAAUAUUGA